AUGACUGCCUUCAAGGACAUAUGGACUCAGGAGUUCUGGCGCUGCGUCAGUGCUGAGUUCUUCGCUAUGCUGCUCUUCGUUCUGCUCGGCCUCGGGUCAACCAUUAAUUGGGGGGCUAUCACGGAGGACCCCCGUCCCGCUGACCUGGUGCUCAUCUCGCUCUGCUUUGGCCUAAGUAUCGCCACCAUGGUUCAGUGCUUCGGCCACAUCAGCGGGGCUCACAUUAACCCAGCGGUCACAGCAGCCAUGGUGGUGACCAGGAAGAUCAGUCUGUCUAAAGCUAUCUUCUACCUGCUGGCCCAGUGUUUGGGGUCCAUUGUGGGGGCCGCCAUUCUGUACGGCAUCACUCCAGCCUCUGUCAGGGGCGGCUUGGGGGUCACCACGGUGCAUACAAGCAUCUCCGCGGGCAGUGCAUUGGUUGUGGAACUCUUCAUCACCUUUCAGCUGGUCUUCACUGUGUUUGCUACCUGCGACCACAAACGCAACGACCUAAAGGGUUCUUCUUCUCUGGCUAUCGGUCUGUCUGUGGUCAUUGGUCACCUGUUUGCUAUUCCCUACACUGGAGCCAGUAUGAACCCCGCACGGACCUUUGGCCCAGCCAUGGUCACAUGGAGCUGGGAUCACCAUUGGGUUUACUGGGUGGGUCCAACCCUGGGUGGGACUCUGGCUGCAGCCCUGUAUGAAUAUAUGUUCUGUCCAGACCCGGAGAUGAAGACAAAUUACUCUGAGACCUUCAUCCACACGCCCUACUCUGCCGCUAAGCUCCGGCACGGAUCAGUCACAGCCCAGGAGCCUCUGUUCACCAUCAUGGAUGUGGAGAGAGCCGAGAGAAAUGAGCUGAAGAGGGAGGUGUCGGGAGAUGUGUUGUCCUCUGUGUGACUAAAAAGGAAACACAGCACUGAUCAACACUCUGAAGGAGACGGACUUCCUGUAGAGUGGCACAGCAAACUCUAAUGCAUUACAGAAUGUGGAAAGCUGCAUUCACAUGAUACACAAUUUGCUCUUUGUUCACCACUUGGUUGGGCGCAGAGCCUUGUGCUGAAACAGCCAGAUACGUUUAUUUUCUACACUCUAAAAGCUAAUUCAGUGGCUUUGUAAAUAUCACAAUAAUAAAAAGCUAUACUACCUUAAUCAAAUCUAUAAAUAUCACCAAAGUAAUUGUUUGAGUUGGACAUACCAAAAUAAAUGCCUAAAAAUCCAACA